GGUAUAGUUUUAAUUGAUUUAUGACAAAUUAUGAUUGUUGAAUUGAAUGUCGCUUCACAUUAUCAAUAUUCGAACCCAAGGUGAUCCUUUUUUUUCUAAAAGACCGUAUUCAGAAUGUUCUCUACUAAAAUUUAGUGAUUUCAAAAGAAAAGAAUUGUACUAUUAAUAGUAAGCAAUGCCGACCAAUAAUCGUAUUUCUGCUUAAAUCGAAGUAUUAAUUUUAUCAUUUAAAUUGUCCAUGUUAUCAGAAUGUAUACGUAUAGGUAGCUGAUAGGCAUCCAAAUUCGCAAUUCCUCCAUGCGCUGUUACGCGGAUUGAUCUUUCGGUGUUAGAUUUCGUCGCGCAGUUUUCACAAUUUACUCUGCUCGGUUUUUCCGAUGCCCCCGCAUUUCCUGAUCUGAAAUAUCGUGUGGUGGUACAGUCACAUCCCGGGUAGUUCAUAAUUUCACCUGGUCACGCGUCAAUGCCAGAAAUGGCUGGAAGUUUCGUAACCCAGUGUAGCAGACGCGCGCUUACUUUUACAUAAAAAUAUAAAUUUGUUUAAAAACUCCCACACGUCAAAUGGCGACCUGAAAUUAUCAAAACCUAAUAGUUAAGAAUACAUUUACUUUUUAACAAGCCAUGGUCUCGGUGAUGCAGCCGUAUAUGGACGUUGAGAGUUCUAGAAGCUACAUCGACGAGUUAUAUUCCCCUGAUCGCCAGAAAUGCUUAGAGGCUAUAAUCUGCCUUAAAAACUCUGUAAUUGGAAGCAACCGACAAAAAGGUUCGGUAAUUGCACAGGGUGUGGUACCAAGGCUGUUGCAGUUGUUGAGUGAUACGACUGGAGGAGUUGGAGAGUGUGUUCGUAUUCAAUCCGCUGUUACAUUGGGUUCAUUAGCUAAAGGGACAGAUCAGCAUGUUAGAGCCCUUAUCGAACUUGGUGUCGUCCCACCAUUACUUCAGGUACUGCUGGCCAGUGCCAGCUCUUCUAACGAAGCAGACAGCGAAUCCCAAAGCUCACUCGUAGAAGCCUGUCUCCGUUGUUUACGGACUGUUUUUCACCACACAGCGGCACCUGUCCAUGCCAUCUAUCAAGAUCCUGGAUUAGUUCCACGUCUGCUGGCUCUUGCUGCAAAAUCUGUUACCAAUCAAGUCUGCGUUGCUACCAUUUUAACUGCUGCUUGCAAGCAGACAGCUGAAGAACAAAAUGCUCUGUCACGUGGCGGAGCAGUUAGUGCUCUUGCUGCACAGCUGGACUCCCCACUUGCAGAUGUGCAGCUCCCAGCCCUGGCCUGCCUUGCCAAUAUGUGCUACCAAAAUCAUUCUGUGUCAGCACUGGUUGCUGCAGCCACCACCAACAACUCUCAAGGCAGAGGCGUGCCUGUUGCCCUGGGUCAGUUGAUGGGUCGCGAAAGAAGUCCACUUGUUCAACUGGAGGCAGCAAGAUGUGUUGCGUAUAUGCAUAGAGCUGGUGCUUUGUCUUCAACAGAUCCACGAGUAGUAUACAGAGCAUUGCCCUGCUUGGUGAGACUUUGCCAUCGUGAAAGACCACCAAGAGAAAGAGUAGCUGCAGCGGAAACACUUGCGUACCUGACCGAGGUCGACAUAGAUCUACAGCGGUUGGCAUCAAUUAGCAAUCACCUUAUACCAACCCUAGCAGAACUCCUCAGGCCGCAUCCCCAGGUGUCUGAUGCAACGCUUUCACAAGACAUGCGUCAGGCAGCAUUCAGAGCAUUUGCAUCUCUAGGGGCUAAUGAUGAAGACAUUCGUAAGAGGAUCAUUGAAACAGAAAACUUGAUGGAACAAGUAGUCGGAGGGCUUCAAGAUCCAGGGGGACCUCGAGUGCGAUUGGCUGCAGUUCGAUGCCUGCAUUCUCUGUCGAGGAGUGUGCAACAGCUGCGUACUACCUUCCAAGACCACGCAGUAUGGCGUCCUUUGAUGCAACUGUUACAUGGAGCAGACAGAGGAUUAGAGGGUAGGGGAUUAGAAGGCGAAGAAGACUUGCUAACUGUGGCCUCGAGCACUUUGUGCAACCUGCUAUUGGAGUUCAGCCCAAGUAAGGAGCCUAUUCUCGAAUCAGGUGGAGUGGAGUUGUUAUGUUCAUUGACGAGGCGGCCUGAUCCCGCGCUACGCCUAAACGGUAUUUGGGCCUUGAUGAAUGUGGCUUUCCAGGCAGAACAGCGUGUCAAAUCGCAAAUCCUCUCAUGUCUUGGCACUGAUCAAAUAUUUCGCCUUCUUGCCGAUCCGGAAUUGGCUGUCUUAAUGAAAACACUCGGCCUAUUACGAAAUCUCCUCUCAACCAAGGCACACAUUGAUCGCAUUAUGGCAGAACAUGCUGCUCAUGUGAUGCAAGCUGUUAUUCUGGUAUUGGAAGAUCCUGAACACCCAGCUGACGUCAAGGAGCAAGCUCUUUGUAUUUUAGCCAACGUUGCAGAUGGGGAUCGUGCACGAGACCAUAUUAUGGCAAACGAUGACGUCUUAAAAAAACUUAUGGAUUACAUGAUGCACAGCAACGUGAAGCUGCAAGUUGCAGCAAUCUUUUGUGUAUGUAAUCUGGUGUGGAGGGAAGAGCCUGGGGCUACACAGCGCCAGGCACGUCUACGCGAACUCGGCCUUUACCGUAUCUUACAACAAUUACGCCACACUAAGGACUCGCAGCUGUUUGAAAAAGUGAAAGCUGCCAUGUCUCAGUUCACCGACGCUUGAGCUUACAAUCGUCUGACCCAGUAACAUUACCAUUUACAACAGUUUUUUAGUUAUUAUCCUGCGAAUUUAUUAACAACAAUCAGGGUCACCGUAAGCUCAAAUCUGAACCCAAACCCAUGCUGUGAUCGUCCUUGUACCCUUAUGCUCCCUUUUUCUUAGAUUAGGUGCUGGAGAUGGUGAAAUAUCUCGUUUUAAACCCGAACUCUGAGUAAUAUGUUGUUUUCCUAUUUAUUUCUGCACAAUGAUGAGAAUGUUUAAAUCAUUUGAAAAUAUUAUGAAUUUGUUUACCGUUAUAUUUAUGUAUUCAAUGAAAGGAAAGUAACACAUGAUUGUCUACAUCUCGUGUUUGUAAAAUAGGAGAUUAUGAAAUGGAUCGCUUGGUUGCGCACGACACAAAAAUCUGAUUAUAUUACAUUUUGCGAUGCAGCUAUCUCAACAUUACCUGGUACACACCUCGAAUUGUUGAGGAUCGUUAUAGACGGGAUCGUGAACAUGAUUACAUUGUCUAGAAUAAUUUUAUUGUGAUGGAUGCACCCUCUCGUAUUGGAUUUGACAGAGGAUCAGUACAGCAUAGGGAAAGUUAAAAAAAUUUGUAAUUAAACUAAACUAAUUUAAAAUCAUAGCAAAAUGGUCUCUCAUACUUAUAAAAGCCCUUUCAAACAAUAAAUUCCUGUAAAAACUA